AUGUUUAGAGCAUGCCAAAUCAUUAAGCAUGUUACUACCUCUCUCGGAAAACAAAUCGCCGUUGCAUACGUCACGAAGACCGAUACUUGGGAACGCGCAUUUCUUUCGCAGACCGUCCAAAACGAGUUUCUUGUAGUAGCAGAAAAGUACAAUGAUACUCUGAACCGAAACAGUCAAAGUGGCCAUGAAGGAGCCGAAACAUCCGAGCCGGAACAUCCGAGCCAGAAGUACUUGGCAUCAUCACAAGUAAUAUCUCAUUUGCAUAAAGCCUUGCACACACAGCGAGCAUAG